UAUAAUAUAAGAGAGAACCAAACUUUGCAAUAGCUGUAACAGCAUAGAAUGAAAAUACAAGUCCGAUAAAGAAAAUAUAAUUUAGGUGAACGAUAUCGAUUUGAGAGAAGCAACACAUGAGCAAGCGGUAAAUGCCAUAAAGAAUGCUACCAAUCCUGUCAGAUUUGUUCUUCAGUCCUUACAUAGUUUCACUCCACAACAGCAAAUGAUCAACUCUGCCCCAAAUUCCACCGCUGAGUCCGCACCAGCAGAAACUUCGAAAACAGAAGUAACUCCUAGCAGUAAACUCGAAUCUCCAACGUCACCCACUGUAACCAUGCCGUCACCGAAAAAGGAACCUAUAGCCAAAGCUUCUGAAGAGAACCCAUCGGAACAGCCUCCUCUAAACAAAAUUGAAGAGUUAACCGAAAAGGCGAGUGUUUCCUCUCAGCAAAGCAACGAGGAGCGAUCUAGUCUUUCGAGAAGCCAGAAAAUUGAGCAUAACGAAAGCCCUAGCAAAAAAUCUGUGAAAUCUGUGAAAUCCAUCACAAGUGAAAAACGACGAGAAAGUCUUGAGAAGAAGCAAAUCGAGAACAACAAAUCAGUUGCUAAACAGGAGAGUAUGCCAAAGAGGGAUUCCCUGAGGAGUUCCCUGCGCGGACAUGUCUCCUUCCUCGUUUUGAUUGAUACUCAUUUUCCAUUACCUGCUGCUUUCGGAUCUGCUCUACCAUUCUGA